GCCCCAAACUCUCUUCCUGCAGUGACUUUAUGAUUUCUCAGGUCUUUUUCUUCUUCUGUUGAUCUCAAAUUCCAUUUUCACAUUUCCCGUUGAGUUUUUGUAUCCCAUUUUCAUGUCUAACUCCAAACGAUGUGAAAUCCGAUCAACUAUAUGUAUCCUGUAAUUUUUACGGGAUUAGUCCAUAAUCACUCACUUCACUGUCUUCUCCGUUGCAGGCAGCAUCUGCUGCUACAAACCCUAAUCCCCCAAAAUGCUCAUCCAGACUCUCACUCUCUUCUUUCUCCUUCUCUUCGUCAACACAUCCACCUCAGCCCCAAUUCUUGGCCUUGACACCUUCCUCAAUCACCAAUCCCGUCUUGAUCCUCAGGCCUCCAACGAUUCCUUCCUCUCCCUCUCCUCCUCUCUCAAGAAUUCUCUUUCAUCCUCUUCUCCUCUCCGUUUUCCUUCUCUCCUCCCCUCUCUCCUCUCCCUUUCCCUCUCUUUCUCCCUCCGCAUUCGCCUUGUCGGCACUUCCUUCCCCCCUGAUUCAUCCUCCCUCCUCUCCUCCUUCCUUUCGGCCUCUCAAUCAUCUGAUCAUUUCCAUAUCUCAUCCGAUCCCUAUCACCGGCUGGCCAUCAAGCAUUCUCUCCAUCUCGACGUUUCUCCCUCUUCUCCCUCCCUCGUCUCUCUCCUCUCCGAUACCCUCAAGUCCCAAAUUGCCGCUACCGCUUCCUCUCUGCGCUCCCCUCUCAUCUCCGUCGCUUACCAUGCUAUCGAUGAAAUCAUUCGCCAGGACUUCGAAAAGGAUAAACCCACUCAGGGGCUCUAUGUCUACUUGAUCUCUUUGGGUUCCCAAUCCAAACCCUAUGCUUACAGCUAUGGUCACGGAGAAUCCUCCCCUGGCUUCACCAAAUGCUUGGGGACCAUCUGGACCGGCAAGGAGAGGUAUGUCUGGAUUGACCUAGCUGCAGGGCCCGUGGAUUACGGGCCGGCCUUAUCGGGCGAUGGAGUCCUUCCAAGAGGAGAGUUUCACCCCUUGGCGGCUUUGCACGGAAGACCGAAGUCCCAGAAGGCCUUGCUCGCUGAUUUGGCAUCGCUGGUUUGGAGUGCUUAUCAGGUACUCGUGGUUCCUUCUUUGAGAAUCCCUGUGUAUUUCGAGAAUUCUUUGAUUGUUCAGUUUAUACAUGUUUACGGGUCAGAUAGCAAGGACUCCAGUGGUUUGGAUUGGAAUUUGAUUGAAAGGACAUUUAGAGAUGAGGUUGAUGAUGGUGGUCUGUUGCUGGGGGAUCAGUCUUUGAGGUUCAAGACUUACAGUCUGAAUUAUAAGGAAUGCCCGAUUUGUUCCUUCGCCAUUUCCCGCUCCCUUAGUUCGUUUACUUCUAGGUUCUUGUUUGAUAACUAUACUUUGAUUGUGAGUGAGUAUUUGGACUCCAAGCGUUUGCACCAGACCUUAACUGAGUCUGCCGAGGAGUUUAGGCGGUUGGCAGGAAUCCCUGAGGAGGAUUUUGGUAGGGUGAUUCCUGUGUACGUGUUUGAUUUGGAUUUUAACACGCAGUUGUUGCUUGAUAGGUAUCAUCAAUCUGUUGCCUUUAGAGAUAUGGUUAUUGCUGUGAGGACAAAGAGUUCACAGACUGUGAGUGAUUAUAGCUGUAAUGGUCAUCAUGUGUUUCUGCAUACAAGGGAGCUCGAGAGACCACUUGUUGGUUCGAUUUUACAGAGUAUGUGGGGUGUAUCCCCUACCCAUUUGUCCUGGAGCCCGAGGCAUAAUAGUACUUUGGUGGAUUACACAUGGAGUGUCGGGCAGACACCAUUUGGGCCAUUCUCAGAAAGCUUGACAAUGUCUUUUGUACAAAAGGAUGCAGCUCGGAGAAAUGUUCUCCUGACGUCUUUGAAUUACAGUAUUUCAAGUGCUAUUGAUAUUCUUGAAUCUAUAGCUGUUCAUGGCGGGGAUAGAAAUCUCCUUAAACAGAAUAGACGUGUUGAGUUUGUACAGAGGUGGAACUUGUUCAAGUACAAGCUGGACAAAGCUGUCUCUGCAUUAUCACAUUUUGAUUUUGAGAUGGCAUUAUAUUUCUUGAGGUCCUCUGAUCAUGAUCUUUAUGCUAUGCACUCUGUUGUUUACCAUGCAACCCAAGAAAUCGAGGCAACACUUAAAUGUUUCAAGGAUCCACCUUUUCCAUGGACUUCAGUAUCAGUAUCUGCAGUAGGUUUCUUUGCUCUCUUUUAUGUUUAUGUGAAAAGAGAUACCCUGUUCAGAAACAAAAGAAAGCAGUUUUGAAGCUUUUAAAAACAAAAAAGUUUGUACCAUUUGAAGACAAUACGUUAAUUUCACGAGAGAGGCAAGUCUUGAGGCCAGAAGUUAGGGUUUGUUUGUUUGAUGGUUUUUUUCUUCAAAAACAGAAUCAUGUAGUCCCAGCUGCCCCUUUGGAUGUCUCGCUCAGCUAUUUGCUAACCUUGUCAUACUCCUAUCUGUUAGUUUAUGCUGUACCAGCAUGGUUUUAUGGAUUGAUUUAUGUGUUCUUUUUAAGCUUUUCUCCUCGGUAAAUUUGGAUACCAUGGGAGCGGUACAUUUAUAGUUUUAUGUUGGGUUAGUUUAUCCUUGAUUAUUUUCACUAUGUAGAAGCUAGGUUUGUAGUCAGCUUAAUUGGGAUUGGGUUUUUGGAAACUGGUCUUAGGAACUGGUCAAAGAUAUAUGAUCCUUUACAUCUUCAUGCUACACAUUUUGGGGUCUAUAGGAUCAAUAAGAGAAUGGAGUUUCUUGGUUUCUUCAAUGUGUAGAAACCAGGUAAUUGAAUCUAUGCUAGAUCAGGGAGUAGGGAAGGAUAUGUCUUGCUGCCUUUGCAGCUUACAUCUUUUUCUUUAUAAAAGAUGGAUUUUGAUUAUCAGUA